GUUCCGCGCCUCGCGGCCGUCACGUCAUGUCGUCGUUCGGCCAUCUUUAUCUCACUUAUCUCAGGUGUUUUAAGCCUCCGAAAUUCCCUCGCAAGGCGAAAAUUUACGACUCUUAAAGAGAUUUUGGCGGACGCGGACUUUAUCAGAUUUAUCAGACGAUACAGUGCGGCGGCCGGCCUCUGUCGUUUUUUCCAACAAAAAAACUUUGUUAUUGUGUUCAGUCGGUUUAAACGUGCACGCUCUUAAUUGGAACAAACGGCCGUAACGGGUAGCUGUUCAGCUGAAAACGUGGGUGGUCGUGAAAAUGUGUUGGACGUUCGAUUUAUAAAAAGUUCCGUGGGUGACGCGCCGAGGUGACUGACACCUCGGUUACGCAGAUUCUGCCAAAAUGACUUCCUUAGACGAAUUCGUCGUCUCUACUGCAUGGCUUGCAAAGGUGUCGGGGGCAGCGCGCGGGCGCGAGCGUAAUGCGGCGCCGGCGUCCCACGCCCAUGGAGGUCGGCUAGCGGCGCGCGCCCCCCCGCCCCGCCACCCCGCUAUGGACCUGGCUGACACCCCGAGACACCGACCCAUGGCCUUCGAUAAGAUGGAAACUCUUAUAAAGGAGAUGCAAGAUCCUGAAACGGGAGUGCCUGUAAGAAGUCAAAAACUCUUCCUCACUUACAUCCCUGCUGCCUUUAUGGGUUACGAUCUUAUCGAAUGGCUCAUGGAACGGUUUAAUCUUGAUGAAACUAGCAAUGGUGAGUUUGAUAACUUUGAAGCAAUAAAUUUAGGCAAUCAACUUUGCCAAUAUGGCUACUUCUUUCCUGUCAACGACUCGAAAAACCUUAUCUUGAAAGAUGAUUCUUCUCUUUAUAGAUUUCAAAGUCCCUACUACUGGCCGUGGCAAGCGCCCAAGGCGGCGGGCGCGGGCGUGCCGUCCAUCGCGCCCGACAACCUAGAGUACGCCAUCUACCUGGUGAAGCGCACGCUGCGGAACAAGCAACGCCACGGCCUCGAGGAGUACGAGGCGGAGGCGCUCGCCAACCUCAAGAAGAACCUGGCCGGGAAGUGGGACUUUAUCACUAUGCAGGCGGAGGAGCAGGUGCGUCUAGCCAAAGAGCGCAAGAAGAACGACAAGGUGGUAGCCGACAGCCAGGAGCGGGCGUAUUGGCGCGUGGCGCGGCCGCCGCCCGGCUACACGAGUGCGCUGGAACACUGCCCCGUGCCCGUGCGCGCGCGACACGCCACGCAGGCUAGACGCAAGACGCCGCAGCAGCUCACGCGAGAGAUCGAGCACCUGAAGGCGAGCCUGGACCGCACGCGGGUGAAGACCUCCAUUGCCCUGGAGGCGCUUCUUGCCUACUCGGAGACCUUCGCCCCCUACGACCCGUGGCUCACGCCGCCGCUGCCCUCCAACCCCUGGGUCAGCGAUGACACGCUGUUCUGGCAGAUCAACAGUCCUCUCGUGGACGUGCCAAGCGAGAAGCGCGUGCAACGCUGGGCGCUCUCCAUCGAGGAGCUGGUGGCGGACCCCACGGGGCUGCAGGAGUUCACCAGCUUCCUGCGCAAGGAGUACUCUCAUGAGAACAUACGGUUCUGGCUGGCGGUCAUGGAUUUGAGGAGGAGCAGCACGAAACAGAUACCGGUUAAGCUGCAGGAGAUCUAUCAAGAGUUCCUAAAACCCGGCGCGCCGUGCGAGAUCAACAUCGACGGCGCGACAGCGGAGCGAGUGGCCGAGGGGCUGCGGACCGGCUCGCGGUACGCACUGGACCACGCCGCCGACCAUGUCUAUGGACUACUGUUGAAGAAGGACUGCUACCCGCGGUUCAUACGCUCCGACCACUUCCAGAGGCUGUUGGCUGAAGGACGGAACGUGCAUCAGAAGAAGGCCAAAUUCUUCAACUUCGGCGGGCAAGUCAAGAAGAAGCCCAUCGGGCCGGCCACAGUCUCCGCCCCGGGGCUGGCCCGGAGACGCGGCUCCGAGCGCUCGCUGUCCGGCUCGGCCCACGAGCUGGCGGUGGCCGCCGCCGCGCCGCCCCGCGCGCCGCCGCCGCCCCCCCACUCGCAUUCGCAGGCUGACCUGCAUCAGAUACCCAGGGAAGGCGAGGACGACAGUGCGGACGUGAUGCCGUGGGAGGUGGGGGCCCGCGAGGCGGGGGGGGCGGGGCGGCGGCGCCAGGACUCCGCCGCGGACUCCGGCAGCUCCUCGUCCGACCUGAGCGCCGUGGCGGGGGCCGCGGGGGCGGGCGCGGGGGGCGCGGGGGAGCGGCGCCGCCUGCCGCAGCAGAGCACGCUGGACGGCGGGCUGCGGGGCGCGCCGCCGCCGCUGCGCCGCCUGUCCGCCGUGGAGCCGCGCCACCUCGCGCCGCUCGCCUCGCCGCCCGCCUCCCCGCGCGCCGCCCCCCCUGCCGCGCCCGCGCCCGCCCCCGCGCCGCUGCGCCCCACGCCCACCAUCAGCGUGAGCUCGGCGCCCGCGUCCCCGCCCGCCUCGCCGCCCGCCUCGCCCCCGCACUCGCCCGCCGUGUCCGACGAGCCGUCGUCCGUGUUCGCGUCGGCCGCCGCCACGCCCACGCACCCCGCGGAGCCGCCCGGGGCAGGGCCAGUGACAGAGACAGUGCCGCGGCCCCCGUCCGUGGACGAGCCGCCCGGGCCCGCCCCAGUGCUGGCCCGACAAGCAUCAACGAUUAAAGAAAUAAGUCCGGCCUCAAGUACGCUAACUAGUAGCGAAAUCGGUGAUCUUCCAGAGAGUUCUCGUGAGACUGAGGACGUCGCGUCGACGUCGUCGGCGCAGCGCACGCCGCUGGGGGCGGAGAGUGCGCCAGCGGAGGCCCCCGCGGCCUCCCCCGCGGUGCCCCCGCCCCCGGCGCCUGUGUCCCCGGCCCCCGCGCCCCCCGCGCCGGCGCUCGUCGUGUCCGCGGCCGAGGCGGCGCCUGCGGCGGAGAGCGGCCCGCUGCAGAGCCCGCAGCCGGCCGCCCCCGCCCCUGCGCCCGCGCCCGCCCCCGUGGCGCCUCUAGCCGAGUGCGAGGACACGGUGGAAGACGAGCCCGUGGAGAGAGUGCUGACGCCGACGAUGCUGCGGCACCCGUCCGCUCAGUCGGCCGAGCCCCGGCCGCGGCCGCCGCCCGCGCGCACGCCGGUGGCUCUCGUGCGGCCCACCGUCGCCGUGCCCCUGCCUCGUGAGGGAGACGGGCCGCGUAACGACGUCUGUCCCUGGGAGGACGAGAACUCUUGUGAGAGUGAAGCUCCAUUUGUUAAAACUUAUGCAACGCUGGGUUACUUAUAAUUUACGUAUUACUAGGUGAAUAUCAAUGAUAUUUACACGAUUUGCAGGUAUUUACCUACACGUGAUUUAGUUUAGUGGCUCGCUUCAUAUGCUCGUCCGGGUAGCACGGUGACCUAGAUAGGUACCGAAAUGACGGAUAGACGAUGCUUUGAAGAUAUUGAAAGUUAUAGGGUCGUCAGUAUUUGGUUCUUCAGCGAUUCUGAACUGAUAUUUCACAAUAUAAGUAUUUAACGUCACAAUCGUGAUUGACGAACGAAUAGAGCAGCGGUUAGUAAGUCGGUUUGAAUCCCAACCGGGUCAAAUAUUUGUAUAUACACAUAAUAUUUGCAUGUCGUGGAUAUUUUGUCGUGGGUGAUGCAACCCACCUGCCAAUACGCUUAAGAUUAUGGCAAUAACCCUCCAACUUUGAAGGAGGCCCAUAUCCCUCUGUGCCUAUAGUGGAGUUAAGAGCUAUGUAUGUGUGUGUGUGUUUGAGUGUAUGCGCGUAUUUACCCACCCUGGUGUUGUUCACAAAAAUAUAUUUUUGGUGAUAACACCGCUGCCGAAUUGUGCUGUGUUACGGAUAGUAAAAAUAACAAAUUAUUUUUAUCGUUAAUAGUUGUUACAGUUGUUAGGUAAGUAAAUACAAGUUCAAACAGUUGAGCAGAUGUUGCAGUUAGCUUCUGACAGUCCACGUUGGUUGAUCAACAGCUCCGGCACUUGUCAGCUCAUCAGGUAUUUGCGUGACUGAGAUUAUACAAUACAUUUUUAUUUUCGUUUUGGGGUUUAUGCGGGAGACAUUAAUAUUAGUUUGUAUCUUUGCCCAACCCCAUAUUGUAUGGUGUUCUUUGAGAUUCGCGUUUAGGUUGAGUGGUGGUGGUGGAUUCGAAGAAAUGCACUUCCUAUCGACCACCGCAAAAGAGAUAAAAUAUAGCUGGUAAAAUAACUAUUAACUCGCCAGGUGGCACCCCUUAGCUAAAUCACGUGUAAGUCGUCUUGCUAAACUUAAAUUUCAACGAUAUUUACGUGGCUACUAGAAAAAAUAUCUGCGAUAUUUACAUAGAUAGAUAGGUAAAUAUCAACGAUAUUUUCAGACACAAAUAUAGAAAAACAGAUAAAUAAUUUAAUUUUGUAAUUAGUACUGUGUUUAAUUAAUACAGAUUUAGUGUUUAUUAUUGUAAUUAUAUGAAUAUUUUAAAGUAAAUAAUGACCGUUAAUUAUUAGAAAA